AUGGGUAUUGUCAUUAUAGAUGGGAAAAGUGAAGAAAGAAAGGCUUGUCCGAGCCAGGUUGCGCGCCGGCUCUCGUAUUCACAUAAUAACCAAAAUGCCAACUACAGUCUUCGAAACCCCGGCUAUCGCUACGUGCAGGUCCCUGAGACAGCCUCGAGCCUCGACUGGGCCGGCUUGAAGACACUGGAUCUUGCAAAGUAUGAUUUGCUCGGGGGAAAACAAGAGCUGGCUGUAGAACUCACAAAGGCCAUUGAAGACGGUUUCUUCUACGUCGAAAAUUAUGGUUUGAGCAAGGAAGAAGUCGACGCCCAGUUUGGUCUAGCUAAAAGGGUCCUCCCCCUGCCCAACGAUGAGAAGCAGAAGUAUCGCGCCGCCCUCGAACAAGGAGACUACAACGGAUGGAAGCCAGCCGAGCACGCGGGUCGCCCGCAUCCAGAGGUUGUCAGGGCGCUUUGGCAUACUAUUGAACGGUUCUCAAAACAUGCUCACUACCAUAUUUUCAGGAAGCUGCCAGUUAUCUUUGCGGUUGCUCUUGGCCUUAAGGAUGAGGAGUGGUUAGUGAAGAGACAUCACUACGACCGAAUGUUGGGGGAUCAUCUGCGGUACAUGAAGUACUAUGCCAGGAGUGAGGAGGAGAAUUGA